AUGGAAAAUAUAGAUCUAAAGAAGUUUUAUAAAAAAUUUGAGAAAGGAUGUUAUAAUGAUGUGGGUACGUUGCAUUUCUGCUCUCCAGUGGAAAAUUCAGAAAGUAUUAGUAAUAAAGUUAGUGACACAUAUUACAAAAUUUAUGCUAUUAAAACAAAAUUCUCACCAUCUCAAAAUAUAUUUACAAUAGAAGAAAUAGAAUCACCUAAAUAUUGUAUAUAUUUCAAAUAUUGGUUUUACGAUCAAAUAAUAAACUAUGAACUUGAUGAUACAGAACUAAUGAAACUAUUUGAUCUAAAAGGAAGGCUAUACUUAGAUGGUAUUUUCCCUUGCAAAUUUAAUAUUAAAGAUUUAGAAGAAAUAAAAAAAGUAAGGUUGUUGCUUUACUAUUUAUUGAAUUGUGCUGUUAGCACAACUAGUGCUCCUAUAUAUAACAUAUUCUGCUCUUAUGGAUUAUCGAAAUGUCUUAAUGAAGUUAUUGAUUUAUACAAUAUUAGAACAAAAUGCGAUACGAUCUACCAUGAUAAUUUAUGCAAAGAAUUAAAUGAAUAUUAUCAGGCUACUAGGAUUGAGAGGUUACCUAUGUUUGAAUGUGAUGAAGGCAUAGGAACACCCGUGUAUAAUUCACUACAGGAGGAAACUCCCGCUAAUAUCGUAUUGCAAGAAAGAAUUCUUCCAGAAAGUGGAAAUUCUUUAGUUCGUAAGAGUAUAAUCGCCACUAUAUUAAUAUUUGGAUUACUCUUCAUUUUUUUUGUUUUACAUAAAGUUACACCAUUUAAACGUCAUUUACGUGAUACAUUUUUAAAGAAGAGAAAAAUAGAACACAAACAGAAAGAAGAGCAAAACGAAUUUGCUGAGUACAUGUCAGAAUAUGAUAAUAUGAAAAAUUUCAAAGAUGAGCAUCAAUUGUUAUUCUAUGUUUCGUAA